AUGUCCCAGGGGGCCCUGGUUGGCGGAUGUAGCGGAGCAAAUCAAGCACGAAUUUCGGUUCGAGCCAUCCAGCCCUCAGGCGCGAGCAGCCUCCGGACUCCAGGAGCCCGUUGCUUCACUGUCCGAUCACCAGCCUUCGCAGCGGCCAUGGAAUUGUACGACAUGGAGCCCGGCCUGAAGGCGAUCGCCUCGGUCGGAAGCGUGUUGAAUUGCCAGGAGCUGACAGGUGUGCAGGCGGGCAUGAAUUUGCUGAAGAGCAAGGAGAAGUACCCCGAGAUCUACUUCUGGGGCAAGAUACUCGGCCUCAGCGGCGACUAUUACAUCGCGUACGGCCUGGGCAGCUCGGAGUUCGAGUUUCCGAGCAAGGCUUUCUUCUUCGCUGGAGGGGAUUUUGAUUUCCAGCCGCUCAAGGCGCUCACCAAAGACGUUGCCGCCAAGGUCGCCGGGCUCGCGGCGGAGGGGCCGUUCACGGGCGUGCCCACGGCCGUGCUGCCCGGCCAGGGGCCCGUCGGCGAGGAAGAGCAGGGCGAGGCGGAGGAGGGCGAGGAGCCCGCCGCCGCGGGGCCGCCGAAGCUAACGGAGGCCGACCGGCUCGCACAGGUGGUGCCGGAGAUCGACCACGACACCGCAGUGGUCCCCCGGGGCGCGCACGCGUUGAACGAGGCCCACGCCGUGGUACCCAGCAGCGACUUCACGGGUCUCGGCGGCACCGAGGCCACCGCCCUGUCCAAGUACGUGCACUUCCGGCCGCCCGUGAGCGUCGCGUCCCUGCGGGCCCUCGCCCGGACCGACGCGCAGUUCUACGCCAACUUCCUGGACCCGCUCGAGGGAGAUCUGCCCAUGGGCUGCUGGGCCGUGCGCCAGGACCCGUCGGCCAUGCUGGUCACGCUGCGCUCGCUGAGCUGGCCCGGGUACGCUGCGUUUCACGUUCCGGGCACCAAGAAGUUCGGCGGCGCGUACUUCGGCUACGGGCAGAAGUGCCGGGACUUGCCCUUCAUGCUGUAA